AUGGCCACCUCUCGUGUCUUCGCCUCUCGCCUGGCCACCACCAUGGCCCAGAGCGCCAAGGUCGCCCGUCCCGCCGGCCGUUUCCAGCUGAACGCUGCCACCAAGCGCACCUUCACCUCCCAGAAGAAGGCCCCUGUCGCUGCUUUCCAGACCCCCAAGCGUGUGUCCUCGCCCACUCUCCUCCAGGCCAACGCCCGCCAGGUCUUCGCCCAGCACGCCGCUCGCCGCCAGUACUCUUCUGAGGUCGCCUCCGCCAUGGUCGAGGUCUCCAAGAACCUGGGCAUGGGUUCCGCCGCCAUUGGUCUCGGUGGUGCCGGUAUCGGUAUCGGUCUCGUCUUCGCCGCUCUGCUCAUGAGUGUUUCCCGCAACCCUGCCCUCCGUGGCCAGCUCUUCUCUUACGCCAUUCUGGGCUUUGCCUUCGUCGAGGCCAUGGGUCUGUUCGAUCUGAUGGUUGCCAUGAUGUGCAAGUACGUCUAA